UUCUACGACGCUUUGUUGCUAAGUACGCUUAGAGACAUAAUGACGACCAGCGAUGAAAUGGGUACAUUUUGUCAUGAUCACAUUGAACAUCCGUUGUUGUGGUGCGAAGAUAAGAAACGUUUAAUAGAACGAAAAAAUGCCGAAGAAAGUUUACGUAUGUGGCGUAGACGUAAAGCUGAAGAGCUGGCACGUAAAGAACGAGAAAAACAAGAGUAUUACGAUUUGUUUCUUAAACACUGCCCUUGGGGUCGGCCGGGCGGUGGCGCACCUAACGUUGAUAUUAGACGUAAAGAUAUCGCCGAAUUAGGUCUACAUUCCACUGCUCCUGUGAAUACCGGAAGCCAUCGUUAUAAUUCCAUAAAUCCGUGCCGUCUUAGUGAUUACUUUACUAAACAUAAGAAAUGUCUCGAUCCAGUCACAUUGUAUCAACCAACACUGCUGUCCCAUAAUCAUCGUCAUCACCAUCAUCAUCAUCAUCAUCACUCGAUGCCACGGGUUGGAGCACAUUCGUAUACAGUAGAGCAUACGAACGAUGAUGCAAAAGCGGAUAGUACGUUAACUUUAUGUGAACGUGAUGUCGAAACAACGGCGGAUGAUAAAAAUGCUGAACGUCUUCAAAUUACUUUAAAGGAUCAUCCGUCGAUGUCGUUUCGUAAUAAAGGUCAUCUCGAUAUUGAAGUGCGUUACAAACCUACCGCAGUUGGCGUAGCAAAAGGUAAACCUGUACUAGAGAAGAUUGUGGUAACGGAGAAUGACAAAUGUCCAUUACUGGAAAAAAAUGAGGACAAAACGAAAUCGGAAAGUAAGCUAAACAAAACGAAAAAGAAUUUGGAAAAACUAGAAAAGUCGGCCGGUAAGGAUCCUUGGGGUAAGCCAGGUCCCGGUGGUAAGCCAUGGCGUAGCCCUAAGGCGGUUGGGAGCACUUUUAUGAAAUCUCUAGGUUGGACUAAUAAAGAAAUGCUUAAGGAACUUGAUCAAGAUAAUCCGGUAACACCCGCUGAAAAGCCGACAUUUCGUAAAUCAAGAGCUGCCAAAAAAUCAAUAAAAUGCUGCGAUUUAUGUACGUGCCCUUGUCCGGCCAUUUCGCUUACCAGCCAUCCUUUAAAGCCAUUGAAAAAAUCAAAUCCGAACAAAAUAUCUGAAAAUAAAUCGAAAAUUUGCGCUCGUUUAAUGCGUCACAGUCAUAACAAUAAAGUCAAUGAUACGACAACAGAUCAAAGCGCUAAAAUGAUGACAACAAAUGCUAGUUGUGUUGGUAAUAAUGGUGUAGAAUUGGUGCCGCUAUUAGCUCGAAGGCGUGCUUACAAUCGGCCAAUUAGUUUAUCUAGUACGGAUAUCACGAAACGUACAACAUCGAAUGAUAGGUACGCAUCUAAAUUGAAUACAAAUUUAAACAAUAGUAGCAACGACAAUAGCAACAAUAAUAAUAAUAACAGCAAUGGCACCACAUGUUGCUUGAAAAAAUUCACUUUACAUAUACGCUAA